AUGCAGGAGAAAAGUCGAGGCCGCGAACAAACGAGCGAAGCAAAGAAAGAGGCAGUAGUGCAUAACGAGCUACCUGUAGUAGUUGUUGUUCGAGUGUCUCGUGAGAUCAUCGACAGGUUAUGCAAGCGACGACGAGGAAAUUUCAGUGAGAUCAAUAUGGGAUCGCUUUUCGAAUUAGCGAAAAUAUUAGUGCUGUUAGUGCAGUGCCUCGUCAUCAAUGGGCCUUCUUCCUGCGAGGGUCACGUCUCUCUGGUGUUUCCUGCUGCUAGAAAAUACGACUUGGAUUUUCUCGAUAACUCCAGGACUAAAGCUCCUUGUGGAAUGCCUAAAGGUGACAUACGGACUACAUUUCUAGAGGGCAGUCGCUUCAAUGUAACUUGGCAUCUGGGAUAUCCACAUAAGGGAGGUUUCAAGAUACAACUGUUGGAUCAUUUAGAACGACCAGUGUUGGAUUUGACCCCGUCCAUUCAAGGUUCAGAAUUCAUUUCCAAUGAUGCUACUGCCCAGUCUUUCCAAGUACAACUACCUUCUGCAUUUACUUGCGAAAAUUGCACUUUGAGAUUGCUAAGACAAGCAUUGGAAUGGGGAAACAACUACAAGUUUUGGUCGUGUGCUGAUGUCGAUAUUAAAACCAGAAAGAAAUUCAGGGAGACCUGUAACGGACACGGAAAGAAUCUGGUGGGGCGAUGCAAAUGCGACAGACUGUAUUACGGGGACGUGUGUCAAUUCCGCAACGAGUGCGUCGAGGACAGCGAUUGCGGCGAGCACGGAAAGUGCGUCGACGUCGGCGCCACGACGCCACCCCGGCACCAAUGUUAUUGCCAGCUGGGCUGGUUCGGACCUGGAUGCAUCAAAAAGUCACCUGUACGAAAUAGCGAAAUCGACUUGGACUUAUACAGCAAGAAAAAAUUGAGCGACACCUUCCAUCUCUAUUGGAGGAUCCUCAAAGAGCACAAAGAAUUAGAGGCCGUGAUGGUAGUGAACGGAACCAGCUAUGCUGCCAUCGGAUGGAGGCCCCAAUCCCUAACGAAAACCUGCAAAAACUUACCCCAAAUAGGACCUCUUCAAAGUGAGAGCGAUCCAACUUCUAAAAGCGAACCGGCCAGUGAACCAGAACCAAAAAGUGAACCACAUCCGAAAAGCGAGCCAGAACCCACGAGUGCACCAGAACCCACAAGCGAACCGGAACCAAAGAGCGAACACAACUCGAAGGCAAGGAGUAUUGAAUUUGAGCCAAAAAGUGAACCGGAACCGAAAAGUGAAGCAGAACCUACCAGUGAACCGGAACCAAAGAGUGAACCAGAACCUACUAGUGAACCGGAACCGAAAAGUGAACCAGAACCUACCAGUGAACCGGAACCAAAAAGUGAACCAGAACCUACUAGUGAACCGGAACCAGAGAGUGAACCAGAACCUACCAGUGAACCAGAACCGACUAGUGAACCGGAACCAACAAGUGAACCGGAACCAACAAGUGAACCAGAACCUGCGAGUGAGCCGGAACCAUCAAGCGAGCCAGAACCAACAAGCGAGCCAGAACCAACAAGCGAACCAGAACCAUCAAGUGAACCGGAACCAACCAGCAAGCCAGAACCGACUACUACCCAGCCAAGUAAAUACAGGAAGUCCCUCUAUUCGAGACGGUCUGCAUCUCAGAUGCCCGCAGUUCAUAAUAAUGUCGCUCCUAACGCUGAUGUCGUUGAGACUAGUGUGUCUUUCAAAGUUAGCACGAAGCAAGGUCGUACUAGAAGAGCUGCUCAAGAAUCUCUUCCAAAAUCAGAGUCGGCACCGAAAUCAGAACCAGAACCAAAAUCAGAACCAGAACCAAAAUCAGAACCAGAACCAACAUCGGAACCGGAACCAAAAUCAGAGCCGGAACCAAAAUCAGAACCAGAGCCUACCUCUAAACCAGAACCUAAAUCAGAACCUGAACCCGUUAGUAAAUCUCGAUCUAGAUUAACAGCAGCAAAUACGGAGAAGGAGCACCUCAAUCCUUACACUCCUAGACACGAUUUCAGCCCAAUGGAUUGUACCGAUAUGGUGAUUGGAUCGGCUAGAGGCACUUACAGUAGAAUAGCUGAUUACUACACCAGAGACAGGUCCACACCACGGAUGGACUCUUUUUGGGGGGGAAAGAACGAUCUCACCGCUGCCAUGGGAUUCGAAAAAGAUGGCGUGACCACGAUUUUGUUCAGAAAGAAAUUGGAAGCUAAGGAUUUCAGCGACCACACCAUAGAACAAGAACUGAUGCACGUUAUAUACGCGCAAGGUCAAGAACAAGGAAAAUACGUACACGUACCGAAAUCGGGCAUCGAAACAGACCGAGCUUCGGUCAAAGAUUUUUACAAGCCAGACGAGUUGAAGUACCACGGUCACAAAAAUCAAAGAGGAGUGAUUUCCAUGAAUUUUUUUGAAGAGAAACACAAGGUAGAGGCUUCAGGUGUCGUGGCUACCAGUGAUUCAACGGAAAAUACGGAUUGUGGAGGGAUGUGGAAAGUUCCUAGGAAUUGCAAUCCGGACAACAACACGUGCGAUUAUUCUGCCAAAUGGGAAUUGAUACCCAAAAAGGACACCAUCAAAUUCACGAUCACUACUAAAAACACCGAUACUUGGACUGGAAUCGCAUUUUCGAAUGACGAAAGAAUGUCACAAACCGACGCAAUCAUAGGAUGGGUGGACAAAACGGGCCGCCCAUUCUUAAUGGACACUUGGAUAUCCGGAUACACCCAACCAUUAUUGGACAGCUCGCAGAACAUUUUCAACAUAUCCGGCCGGAUAGUGGACGGGGUGACCACCCUGUCCUUCGCCAGGAAGAGGAUAACAGACGACCCGCGAGAUUUGUCCUUCGCCGACGACCGGUGUCUGUUCGUCAUGUUCCCCACCAAGGGGGGCGCCUUCAAUAGCGUCAACAAGAAGAUCAGGAAGCACGAGACGGUGCCCACCGUGUCCACGGAGAGGAUAUGCAUCAGGUCGUGCGGCGGAAAUGAUGACAGUUUGGACGAUUCUAUGACGACUACGGAAUCGCCAGCAAUCGGUUACAAUAUCAAAGUGAAACUGAUCGAUCUGGGAGAAAACUAUAAAACACCCAAGGAGGGUUCCGCACAGUACCAAGACUUGUUGGUUUCCAUUGAGAAUAACUUCAAGCCUAUCUUCGAUAAGCUCGCCGGAUAUAGAACAGUUGUUAUCAAUAAUAUAGUGCCUGAGAACAAUGAGAUAGUGGCCACAAUGAGCUUGCUCUUAGAAAGACCGGUGGCAGAAAAGGGCAGAGCACUAACCACCAAUACGAAUGAAAUGAACGAUAACAUUCACCGACUGCUCGAAAAAAGCGUAGGAUCUGGAAGAGUGGGAAAUCUCAAAGUUGAUCCACAAUAUUUGGUUUUCGAGCCACAAAGCACGACCACCAAUUUGAUUUCUGCUGCUUCCUCAGUAAAAGAAGAUGGAUUUUUCAAUCUGUCAGAAGCCAAACUGUAUAUUGUACUGGGUUGCCUAGCUGCUCUCGUUCUGGUGGCCAUCAUUCAAGCCAGUUGCACCCUUUACAAGGGAAGUACCAUAUCCACAACCAACAAUAAGGACCACCUGAUACCGAACUCUGCAUGGAAGAACUAUUCGGCCAACACGAACUACGCCUUCGAGGCGUUCGAGCCCGAAGAGAAGAAGCAAAAACAAACGAACGGCAGCGGCGGCCAUCAUGGGAGGCCGGCGGCGAACAUCGAAUCGCCCUCCUCGAAGAAUGGGAGCCGCCCCAUCCAGAGGCCGCAGACCAGGCCGCCCAGCGCUCCCACCCAGCAGCAUCAGCAGCACCACCAGCAGCAGCAGCAGCAGCCGAAUAGCUACCAAGGCGACACCAGGUCGCUGCAACGGCCCAGGGGGGCUCAUCCUCACAACGCGAACUCCAUGGAUAGGUCGACGUUUUCCCUGCCGAGGACAGCAUACGACAGGGUCCACCGGAAUGGUCAGGACAUGCAACAACCGGACUUUUAUUUCAUGCCUUCGCAAAGGAAAUACUCCGGAGAAGUGGUCAGGGUCUACGUAGAUUACAACAACAAACCCAAAUGAUCUACUUACAGCUCUGUAAAUGAUUCAUUAUUGCACUGAUCAAAAUACAAGACAUCUUCUUGUACUGUGUGAUUAAAUAAGAAGAGGCUAGUCGAGUUUAUCGCCUCAUCAGAUAUAUUCAGCAAGAUGACACGCUUGUCAUUUCUAUCAUGGAGAUCUCGGAAACCAUAGGAGAUAGAAAGAUUAGAGAAAAGUUGCACAUUUUCAAGCCUAACAAUAUGUCGUUCAGAAAGUCUUGAAAUUCCAAGUGGUUUCGGAGAUAUGCCUAAAAAGCCGAGAUUUUCUGAUUUCGUUUUAAUUUUUUUCUGACGUUAUAUAAAGAGAUAUUUCUCAUUGCCACUUUUCAAGAUCUACUAAAAAGCGUAGAGAUAUUUUAUACAGGGUGUACUUUUUUCACGGCCAUAUAAAAAAAUAACUAGUUGAUGAUUGGUUUCUCUGAAAUGAGUCGUAAGGAAAAUCUCUCAACGCUGUUGUGUAGAGCUCAAAAAGUGGCAAUGAAAAAGUAUCUUGUGUUUUAACCAAACUUUUUACGUUUCGUAUUCUGUUUGGUGAAGCAAAAUCAAAAUAACAUAUGUAAAACUGGUGAAAAUAGACAAAUACUAAAUACUUAACAUAUUCUCACAUCUCGUUGAUGAUCAACCCAAUUUUUCCCCUAUUUAGGAUUAAUUUUCUUUUCCAGUAUGGAAUACAAGGACCAAUUUACAUAUCCGCCAGAUCUCAUGAAUAUUAUUCAUUAUUUAAUGAAUAUUAUUGUUAUGAUUAUUUCAUUUUAUUUUAGGAUGAAGCACAAGUGACAAAAACCGAGGCAACUGAGACAAGUCGUAAAACAUUACCUUAACGUUAUUUUUGUUGAGAAUAACAUUUGCUUCAGUUUGAUUCACGUUCAAUUUCAGAAAUUAAACGUGAACUAAACCUAUGCUGCAAAUGUCAUUCACAACAAGAAAAAAUCAACUAUUUUUCAUCCUGAAAUGAAGUAAAUAAUCAUAACAAUAAUAUUGAUUAGAUAAUCAAUAAUAUUCAUAGAACUGGCGGUGACGAAAAUUGAUCCUCAUUCACUACUUGAAGAGAAAAAUCAAUCUUCAACAAGAAAAUAAUGAAUUGAACAGUAUACCUAUCUACUAUUCUGUGAAUUCACGAAAAAAAUCAUAGAAACAUUAUCAUAACUUCCAUAUUAUUACAGAAUGUUCCAUAUUAUUCGUCUAUUUUUACUAUUUUCACAGACGAUGGCUUCUUGUAACGCAAAGAGCUGAAUAUUUUCAGAUUUUUGCGUCAUUUCAAUUUCAGAUUUUCCUUCACCGAUCAGAAUACGAAACGUAAAAAGUUUGGUUGUAAACGCCGCUUUAGGCUUGAAAAUCCGCAACUUUUCUCCAAUUCAACCAUCUCCCUAUCUCUUAUAGUUUCCGAGAUCCCCACAUCAUCAUCAUCAUGCUAAAUGAUACUCAUAAACUGAUCAGCUACUACAAUUGAUUCAAUUUGAUCACACAUUUGUAUCAGUAUCUGUAUCAUAUAAUUUGGAUGGUAAGUAAAUUUUUCUUCGUUACCAAGAUGUAUGGCGCAAAUCGAAAUUUCAACGAUGUUCGAAAAAAUUUCAUUACAAACAAAUAUUGGCAUAUAUUUUUUGAUAAAUUACUUGAGAAGUGAAUUCCCAAGGCUGAUAUUAUUAGUUAAGUAAUUAGUAACUCAACAGAUUUUUCGUAUAUUGAAAUUAUAGAUGCAAUUGUUGUCCAGUGACAAAAUAAUGAAUGAUUCUAGUCUCAAAAAUAAUACCAAUAUAUUUACGAAUAUCUAUCAAAUAGGUAGCUAAUUCAAAUAAAUAAUAUACCAUCAAUAUUUGCAUAUAGGGUCGCUGAAUUACCUACUAGUCAUGACUAUUUCUUGACUGCAUAAAUCAAUAAAUGAUAAAAUAGAAAUUCGUACCGAUAACAACAGUGGAAUAGUCGAAAUUGACUAAUAAAAAUAUCGGCGAUCAAUAAAUAAAAAACUGUCCUGUUUGAGGAUAUUUUUAAACCCUUCUAGAUACAUCAAUAUUGUUCAGCAGUCUCUAUAUCUACUGAUAUUUGGACCUCUUGGACAAGUAAUAUUUAAGAAAUAUUGAAAAAAAUAUUAUGAGUGUUUAUUAACUUGUAUGUACAUAUUAUACCAAUACUAAAUCUAUAUUCUAUCAAAGUAAUAAUAUGUUAGUGAUUAUUGUAUAUAUUUUCUUAUUAUCUUCAUAUAGUUGACUUUUAUAUCAAUUUUUAUUGUGAAACUGUUGAUAAUUAAAAAAGGUAGAAAUACUAUCAUGUCUCAUUGUCCUUUGGCGGGUUCUGUCGACGGUUCUAUAGUUAAUUGAAUUUUUCAACACCAAAAACAUGAAGUAAGGACAAAAAUACUGAGAGAAUAACCAAUAAAAAUUGACCAGCGGAAAAAUAUACUUAUUGAAAUUAUGUUCAGUCUGAAGGGUAUUGAAAUGAGAUGGUAUCACUGAAAGAUAUAGGAUUCUAAAGAUAAUCACCAUUCCGAACUAAAUUAUAAUUGAGAGCAAAAAAAGUACAAUUUUAUUACAAUAAAGGAAUAUACUUAUAAAUUAACAUUGAAUACAGGACUAGGUGACUAAGUAUGACUUUUUGUAAAUUGAACAUAAUCAAAAUAAAGAUCGGAUACAGUUUCUGUUCAAGAUGGCUAGAAAAAAAUCAUGUAACAAUUUUGCCCUGAACAAUAACUUCCUAGUCAUCAGUCAUGCAAAUAGUGGUAAGAUUGUUUAGAAUUAUGUAGGCAUUAUUCGAG